UUGCGUUGUUUUUCGCAUUGUGCUCUGUUUCCUAUGGUUACACAAAGGGAUAAACACAAUCCGAGCGCUAUUGUUUCAAUCCUUUCGCUAUACUGUGCAUCUGUUGUUUUAACGUCUCUCGAUCGAUUGUUUACAUUCGAAUGCAGAUUGGCGUGGGUGUGCUUCGAUUAGGUCGAUCUAAAGGAUAUCCUAAGGAUCCCUCGAAAAAGAAACCCAGGAGCGUUCCGGCUGUUUACCCAUUUUUUUAUCUGACAAUUCAACCGCAUCGGGCAGCUCACGCUCGCUAGCGCUUCGGCAGUCACUAGCGGCGGCAGCUUCUCGUCAGCGGUGUCCAUAUCAUCCGGCGGGCAGACCUUUUCUUCGGUCCUUACUGAAGUGCUUUGUGAAUCUCAGCAGCGUCAGAGGAUCAGUAGUCUCUCGAAACACUCGCAGCAGCGUUCUGACGGCUACGGUGGCAGCGUUAAUACAACGAUGGAUCUUGAUCGUAAUCCUGUGCCCGAUCAGCUGGGGUAUCUGGUCCUCACCGACGAUGGCUGCGUACACGCAUCCGGUGGCGAGCUGGAGAACGACGAGCACAGUGCAAAUAUUAUCGUAAACCUGCUCACACUCACCGAGAGCGUCGAUCCGGCCCUAUUCAAGCCGCACUCGUGCCGGAAGAUAUCAAUCGUGUACCCCGAGCAUAGCUACACCAUUUGCCUUUCAAACAAACGCGUUUACGUGAUCAAAAAACGGAAUCGGGGCGAUGCAAACUCGAACAGUGGCAACGAGCCGGAGGGACUUUCGAUUUUAGCUUAAAUAUCGGCGAUUUAGAC